AUGACAAACUUCUCCAUGGUGACUGAAUUCCUCCUCUGGGGGUUCUCCGAUGUUUGGGAGCUGCAGCUGGUUCAUACUGUGUUGUUCCUCUUGGUCUACUUGGCAACCCUGACAGGAAAUCUCCUCAUCCUCACCGUGACCACCCUUGACCGGCACCUCCACACCCCCAUGUACUUCUUUCUUAAGAACCUGUCCAUCCUCGACAUCUGCCUCAUCUCCACCAUUGCCCCCAAGUCCAUCCACAACUCCCUGACCAGCAACAGGUCCAUCUCCUUCCUCGGCUGUGUUGCACAGCUCUUGCUGUGGGUCCUGUUUGCUGGUUCAGAGAUUUUUGUCCUCACGGCGAUGUCCUAUGACCGCUAUGCUGCUAUCUGCUAUCCCCUGCGCUAUGAGGUCCUGAUGAGCAGAGGGGUCUGUGUGAAAAUGAUGGCAGCUUCCUGGCUCAUAGGGAGUGUGUUCGGCUUCUUGCUUUCAGCUUCAACAUUCUCCCUACCCUUCUAUGGGUCCAAUGCCGUCCCACAGUUAUUCUGUGACGUCCCCUCCCUGCUGCAGAUCUCCUGCUCUGUGGACCAUAGUGCCAUUGACGUGAGUGUGACUGCCGGGGUAGCCUUAGCUGUUGGUUGCUUCAUUUACAUCAUCCUCUCUUAUGUGCGCAUCUUCUCCACCGUGCUGAGGAUGCCGUUCACGGCAGGCCGGGCCAAAGCAUUUUCCACCUGUCUGCCGCACCUCAUGGUGGUGACUUUGUUCAUAAUGAAUGGCGCCUUUGCCUAUCUCAAGCCACCCUCAGACACUCCCUCAGUGCUGGAUCUGCUGGUAUCCAUGUUGUACACCAUGGUGCCCCCAGCCCUGAACCCCCUCAUCUACAGCCUGAGGAACAGGGAUAUGAAGAAUGCCCUGAGAAGGACCCUAAAGGGGAGACUCCUUCGUCCUUCCUUCCAGGUUAAAAUUUCUCUCUCCUUAAUCAGAGGGAAUCACCAGUGGCAUGUCCAUCUAUAG